UCAUUCACAUGUUUUCCUCCCCUUCCUGCAUGAAUAGUGUGACAAAGCAGGGGCAGCCGGGAAAAAGCAUUCAGCAGUAGUGCCUGCACUGCUUAGCUGCAUUCUCGCAACAGAUCUGGGGCAAGAGGGCAUCAGGCCAUGCAUAAACACAACUAGGGGAGAUAAUGGUGCACAGCUACUCUUAGGAACUGAAGAGCUUUAGUGGUCCUUGUUUCCCUGCUAGACAGUCUCUGGUUUGGCUUACAGAGAGCAGAGGAACUUGUGUAAGUCUUGCCUCAGUUUUUUGUUCAUCAACUUUUUUUCAAACAUGGGCUGCUCCUCGUCCAGUGCACAGACUGUUGAUCAAGAGAAAAGACCAGGUACAAAGCCAGAGGAAAGCAAUGGAGAUACAUUGGCACUCCGAAACGGUACCAUCCCAGAAGAUGCACAAACCAUCGAGGACCAGAUGCAGUUGCCUGUGCAGACUGCCUUGCCAGAUCUUCAACCGGGACCCGAGGAUGAGGCUGAGGCCGUGUUGGUAGCACUGGAGGCCCAGGAGGAUCUUGGCUCUGGGGAGGACCUCCUGACUGCUGCUCCUGAGCCUCUGCCAGAACCUGCUGCCCCUGCAGAGGCAGCCCCAGAGGCCGCUGCUUCAGCAAAAGCCAAUACAAAUCCUGAGGCUGGUGUAGCUUUGGUGGAGGCACUUCCCCCUGUGGAAGAAGCUGCCGCUGUAGAAACUGUAGUGGCUAAGGCCGCCCCGGAGGUCCAAGCCCUUGUUGAGGCUACAGCGCAGGCCCCUUCUGAUAAAUCUGUUGUAUUUGUGCAGGCAGAGGCCCCUGCUGUUGUUGCCACCCCUGUGGUUGAAUCGGUUAUAUCAGAGCCAGCAGAGGCCUCUCCUGAAGUUGCCACCCCUGCGGUUGAAUCUAUUAUAUCAGAGCCAGAAGAGGUCUCUCCUGAAGUUGGCACCCCUGCAGUUGAAUCUGUUAUCUCAGAGCCAGCAGAAGCUUCUCCUGAAGUUGCCACCCAAACGGUUGUACCUGUUGUAUUAGAGCCAGCAGAAGCCUCUCCUGAAGUUGCUACGCCUGCUCUUGAACCUGUUGCAUCAGAGCCAGCAGAGGCCCCAGUGACUGUGAAAGAGACAGCAGCUGAAGCCCCUGCUGAAGUUGCUGCUCCUGUGGAGCCAGAAGCUCCAACUGACAAUGCUGCACCAACUUCUGCCUCAACAGCACCAUGUGCCUCCUCAGAACCAGGUGAAGUUUCAGCACCAGCCCUAAGUGAGGCCUCAGCAGAAGCUGAAGCGGUAGCCCUAAGUGAAGUUGUAGUAUCAGCUGAGGCUUCAGCACCAGUGGAAGCUGUAGCACCAGUUGAAGCUGCAGUCCCAGUUGAAGCUGCUGCCCCAGAUGAAGUUGUAGUACCAGCUGAGGCUUCAGCACUAGGUGAAGCUGCCGCCCCAAGUGAAGUUUCAGCACCAGCUGAGGAUUCAGUACCAGAGGAAGUUGUAGCCCCAGGUGAAGCUGCAGUCCCAGUUGAAGCUGCAACCCCAGGGAAAGCUGCCGCCCUAGGUGAAGUUGUAGUACCAGAUAAAGCCUCGGCACCAGGUGAUGCUGCAGCCCCAGGUGAAGUUGUAGUACCAGCUGAGGCUUCAGCACCAGGUGUAGUCUCAGCUCCGGCUGAAUCGUCAGCACUCGUAGAGGCAGCACAGCUUCUUAUAGAUCCAAAGAUUGCAGCAGCAACUAUUCCAGAGUUACCUCCAUUAUCUCCAGUCAGUGUUCAGGCCCAAACCGAGCCUCAGAAGGCCGUUGAGGAAGCAACAGCACCUCCAGCAGCAACAACUGUGAGCUCAGAGUCUGCGGCAGACUGUGCAGCACCAGCAGAGGCUCCUGCGGUUGAAUCCACCCCAGCUGAAGCACCCUCGGCACUGGCCCCUGAGCCUUCACCUGAAGUGGUGUCUGAAACUAAGGCCUCUCAGGACAGCGUGAAAGCCAAAAAGGAAGAUUGAGUCGACCGAAGAGAUGCACCAAAGUAACUAAACCCCCAAAGCUACCAUUGCACGGAAAGUGGAAGAAAAACAAGACAAAGCAAUAAACGCUUACCAAACUGUACACCAGAUACAUUCAUAUGCAUGGUGCCUUGAUAACGUGUCAUUUAGGACAUUUUUCAACAUUUGUAAAUAUAAAUCUUUUUAUUAUGUUUUUCUAUUGAGACCUUUAGUGCCUGGAGCAGCACACUAUACACACAUGCCUACGCAGAAAAGGCUAUAAAAACACUUGGAUGAGACAAUAGGGUGCAAUAUUUUGUGAAAUCUGUGAACUCUUGUGAGAGUGUGAUUAAGGAUAUUUCAAAUAGCUGCUUCUGAGGAAUACAAGCCAAACGCAACUGUGAAUAAAAUUAUGCAAAGACUUUAUGGUGACACAAACACCAAGCCGGGUGACACUGCCAGCCUAAUGUUUUAUCCCCUAGAACUGAUUUUUAAAGUAUCAAAAUUUUACCAGGUUGAAUUUUUAGCUUUUAUUGAGUCUAAUUUCUGCCGUAAAGCCACAUCUCUGAUUGGUGUUUCAACAUUAUUUCAUCUAAGCCUUUCUAAUAAGGUUCAUUUAAUUAAUAGGAAUGACAAUACUAAAUGUUAACAGGGUGGACAGUGUAAUACUCAUAAGCACUACUGUAAGUCAAAUCUGUGUUUUUUCUGUUUUAA